UUCAUUUGCUCCUCCACUCUCUCUUCCUCUCUCUUCCUCUCUCUCUCUCUCUCUCUCUAAAGUCCAAACCUUUCCCCUUACUCAAGGUUCUUCUUUUCUCUUUGGUCUUCUUAACCCACAAAGAGGAAUAUAAAGUCUCCACCUUUAGUUGAUUUUUUAGCGAAAGCUUCCAUUUUCUGGGGGUUUUUAGGGUUUCUGGAUCCAUGGGUUCUUAUUCAGGUGGAUCCUUAGAUGGGUUUGAUUUGUCUGUCUCAAACGAAGCCUUAGGUUUAUCUGAAGAUGGGUUCUAUCUAGAUGACCCUCUCUUAAAUUUCGCAUCUUUCGCUCCUCCAGAGACAUAUCCACAACCACAGAAGAACAUAACUGCUGCUUCAGGAGAUCGCUUGUCAUCUCCAUCUGAUGACUCUGAGUUCUCUGACUCUGUUCUCAAGUACAUAAGCCAAGUGCUUAUGGAGGAAGACAUGGAAGAGAAGCCUUGUAUGUUUCAUGACGCUUUAGCUCUUCAAGCUGCUGAGAAGUCUCUCUAUGAAGCUCUUGGCGAGAAGUACCCUUCUUCUAUGGACCAUGGAGCUCACCAUGAUAGCCCUGAGGGUUCUUUUCCAAGCUUCAGUGAUUACGCUAGCACCACUACUUCCUCUGAUUCUCACUGGAGCGUUGAUGGUUUGGAGAAUAGUAAUAGACCUUCUUGGUUACAGACACCUAUCCCUAGUAACUUUGUGUUCCAGUCCACUUCUAGAUCCAACAGUGUCACUGGCGGUGGUAAUAAUAGUUCUGGUUUUGGUGAUGAUUUGGUUUCAAGUAUGUUUAAAGAUAGUGAAUUAGCUUUGCAGUUCAAGAGAGGUGUUGAUGAAGCUAAUAAGUUCCUUCCUAAAUCUUCUCCACUCUUUAUAGACGUGGAUAGUUACAUUCCGAAGAACUCUAGAUUCGAGGAGAAUAGCUCUGAAGUCUUUGUUAAGAAAGAGAAGAGAGAUGAGGCAGAGCAUCCUCCUCCUUCCAACAGAUUGACAGGGAAGAAGAAAAAUCACUGGCGUGACGAAGAUGAAGAUUUACUUGAAGAAAGAAGUAACAAACAAUCUGCUGUUUACGUUGAGGAAACUGAGCUUUCAGAAAUGUUUGAUAAGAUUCUGCUAUGUGGCGGCUCAGGUCAACCAGUAUGCAUUGUUAACCAGAAGUUUCCAGCAGAGUCCGAGACACAUUCAAAUGGAGGAGUAAAGGCUCGUGGAAAGAAGUCAUCAACAGCUAAUGAAACUAAGAAAGAAACCGCUGAUCUGAGGACACUCUUGGUGCUAUGUGCACAAGCUGUAUCAGUGGAUGAUCGUAGAACCGCCAACGAGAUGCUAAGACAGAUACGAGAGCAUUCUUCUCCUCUAGGCAAUGGAUCAGAGAGGUUAGCUCAUUACUUCGCAAACAGUCUUGAAGCGCGUUUAGCUGGGACAGGUACACAGAUCUACACAGCUUUAUCUUCAAAGAAAACAUCUGCAUCAGAUAUGUUGAAGGCUUACCAGACAUACAUCUCUGUCUGCCCCUUCAAGAAAGCAGCGAUUAUAUUCGCUAACCACAGCAUGAUGCGUUUGAAUGCAGACGCUAAGACCAUCCAUAUUGUAGAUUUUGGGAUCUCUUAUGGUUUUCAAUGGCCUGCUCUGAUUCAUCGUCUCUCGUUUAGACCUGGUGGUCCACCUAAGCUGAGGAUUACAGGGAUAGAGUUGCCUCAACGUGGUUUUAGACCAGCUGAAGGAGUUCAUGAGACUGGUCAUCGGUUAGCUCGUUACUGUCAAAAAUAUAAGGUUCCCUUUGAGUACAAUGCGAUAGCUCAGAAGUGGGAAACGAUCAGAGUUGAAGACUUGAAGAUUAAAGAAGGAGAGUUUGUUGUUGUGAACUCUCUGUUCCGUUUCAAGAAUCUUUUGGAUGAGACAGUUGUUGUAAACAGUCCUAGAGAUGCUGUUUUGAAGCUGAUAAGGAAAGCAAACCCUAAUGUCUUCAUCCAAGCGGUUCUAAGCGGUUCUUACAACGCUCCUUUCUUUGUUACCCGGUUUAGAGAAGCUUUGUUUCAUUACUCGGCGUUGUUUGAUAUGUGUGACUCGAAGCUGAGUAGGGAUGAUGAGAUGAGGCUUAUGUUUGAGAAGGAGUUUUAUGGAAGAGAGAUUAUGAACGUUGUGGCUUGUGAAGGGACAGAGAGAGUGGAGAGACCUGAGACUUAUAAGCAGUGGCAGGCGAGAGUGAUCAGAGCUGGUUUUAGACAGCUUCCGCUUGAGAAGGAGCUGAUGCAGAAUCUGAAGUUGAAGAUUGAGAGCGGGUAUGAUAAGAAUUUCGAUAUUGAUCAGAAUGGUAACUGGUUGCUUCAAGGGUGGAAAGGUAGAAUUGUGUAUGCUUCAUCUGUUUGGGUUCCUGCUUCUUGAUAAGAUGUUGUUUUCUUGUGUCCUAAGUAACUGGGUUUUAUGUAGGGCUUUUGUGUUGAUUGGUGUUGAGAGUUAGGGGGUUCUUGGGCACUAGAGUAUUGGUAUAUAUGCUUGUGACCAUAGCAUGUGUAAUAGCAUAAGAGAGUAUUCUAUGUUCAAGCAAUCUUAUGUUGCAUAAAUAAUGAGAAGCUAACUUUUUUAGAAUGUCUUGUUUAUAAAGUUGUGUUGCAAUAACAUUUUUUUUGUUGCAUUAGCAUUUGUUGCAUGUAUUAAUGGUUUUU